GAGAUAGGAGAAGAACGCAAGCAAAAAUUUGCAGAUCAUGCAUUAGUUUUUAUGAUCAGAGGAAUAAUAUGCUCUUCAUGGAGACAGAGCAUUGCGUACUAUUUCUGUGCUGGAACAGUUUCUGCAGUGGAGCUACAGAAUAUACUGAAGAAAAUUAUACCUUUCAUUUCUGAGACUGGUCUGUAAUUUUGUGGAGAUAUGUAUAUUAGUCACGCCGAUGGCCUUUCUCGGGACUCAAACUAUCUCUAUGUCAAAUUUCAUCAAAAUCGGUUCAGUGGUUUAGGUGUGAAAGCGGAACAGACAGAGUUACUUUCCCAUUUAUAAUAUUAGUAGGAUAGUCCAAUGAAAACUUAAUGGGCGGCUCGGACACCGCCUGGCGCGAUUUUCCAAGCAAUAAGUUUGCAUCUGACUGUACCUAUUUAAUUAUUAUUAUUUCAGAUAAGCAGCUCAACAACUGCAUGGAGACUAUGGGGACUACAGCAACAAUAGUGCUGUUUUUUGAUGAACUCUUUGACAGCGUUAAUGGAUCACCAGGAGGAACGAAAGGAAAACUCCGAUUUGCUGUUAAACAGAAUUCUCCACAUGAAGAUUUUUGGAGAAAUUCUAUUCAAGAACUGAGGAAGAUAAAAUUUAUCGACACAAAAAGCAAAUUGUCUGUGCAAGCUGGGAGGCCAAGGCAUGUGCGUGUUCCGUCGCUAGAUGGAUUAUUUUCAAAAUUUGGGGUAGAAUAUUUUUACCCCAGAUACAUUAAUCAGGAUCCUUUAGAAAAUUUCUUUGGUCGUAUUAGAGCUGUCAAUUAUAGAAAUACAAAUCCUGAUGUAAACAGUUUUGUAUACACCUUCAAAUCAUUAGUGUUAUCAAACAUGUUAAGCCCGCACUCAAAAUUUUCUAAUUGUGAAGAAGACAAUGGCGAUACACUGAUCGAUUUAAAUUAUUUAUUUACGACACACGACUUUCACGAUAGCCAAAAUAUCGCGCCAAACGUUUCAAUUACGCCAUUGUCUUCUGGAAGUUCUGGAACAGUUAUUAGCACUGAAAGUGUAAUAAAUGAAAAAGUGCGGGUGCAAAUAUCGGUGUAUACUGCUGGAUACAUAUGCAGAAAAUUUACAAAAAUAUAUAAUUGUUCCAUUUGUGCUAAAUCAUAUGUGACCAAAGAAAUACAAGGGAUCCAUAAAUAUAUCCAAUAUAGAGAAUACAAAAGGUUGAAAAAUAAUAAUUUGGCAUAUCCUAAUGAUUUUUUUUUAAGAUUAUAGAGAAUGUUCCCAAGUAAUGGUAAUAAUAAUGGCCACAAAAUAAAUAUUUAUAAAAAUCUUAUAGAUAUUUUAUAAAAAAAUAUAUAUCCUGGCUUGGGUGCAAAUCUCACCAACUGAAUUUAAUAAAAUAUUGUGUUACACUUAUAAUACGUCUCCAAUCUCAUAAUUGGUGUACCUAAUAUAAUAAAUAAAAUUUUAGACGGAAAAUUGGAUGAAAAAUAUGUUAAAUGGAAAACAUGCAAAUUUUAGCAUUAAGUAAAUAAAAGUCAUAUAGAUUAAGAAAACUUAAACUUAAUAAAUAAUAAUUACGAUUAAUAAGUG